GAGAUUCCUCUGGCAGAUUAUAAUGCAGAGAAUGUUAGUUGCACUAUAGAAUUAAUCCUUUGGUCAAUUUCAGUAACAUGUUUCAAGAGACCUCAUUGUUACACUAAUUCUGAACACGCUCGUGUCCGUGUGCAUUUCUUAGGCAAAAUGCGCUGAUGAAAAUAUUAAGAUACAGGAUUGAGAAUUUAAAAUUAUUUUCCAUUGGUUUUUGGACUUGGAAUUUAGAAUUUCGGACACUUGGAAUUUCGUACCGAUUUUUCAGCGAAGGCUACUAAUUCUCACUUCAUUCUUAUAUCUUUUUUUGAGCAUUAAAAAUAGUCGGAAUUCUGAGAAAUCAACGUAAAUAUUGUGAUAUUAUGAGUGUGGUUAAGGCAAAUAAACGCUUGUUCAACUGAUUCAAUAAGACUAAUGCAACAAAUGCUGAUAGUUGAACAACACAGUGCACGUCUGAGUUGACUUUGAAAUUGACAUUCUUUAUAAGUAACGGAUCCAUAAUUUAAACGGAUGGAUGUCACAAAUUUUAAAGUAAGAAAAAAAUUUAAGCAUUUCGGAAUACUUAAAUUUUUGGGACCAGAAAAUUGAAAUUAAACAUCUCGGCAAAGUUUAAGGUCGAAUCCAAGUGAGUAAAAAAAUUUCGACAAGUUUCGCCAUGUUCGCCGACUUGCGAUCCAACCUGAGCGCCAGCAACGUGUGCAGUCUGCCCAUGAUCUCCUCAGCCGCCUCUGCGGUGAUCAACUCCCACUACCUCCCACAUUUUCCCUUCCAAGCCCAAGGCAAAGUCAACCAGCUGGGAGGGGUGUUUGUCAACGGCCGACCGCUGCCUGCUGCUGUUCGGCGCGAAAUUAUCCACCUGGCGGCGAACGGCAUGCGGCCGUGCAUCAUCUCGCGCACGCUUAAAGUCUCGCACGGGUGCGUAUCAAAGAUACUCAAUAGAUACCAAGAGACGGGAUCCAUCAGACCUGGGGUCAUUGGGGCCAGCAACAAGACGAGCAUGCGCGUCAGUAAAGAAAUCGUCAAUAGGAUCAAGGCUUUCGCCAACGACGUGCCUGGCAUCACUCCGCAACACGUCCGCGAUCGCCUAACGCAUGAGAUGGGAGCCAACUCGGAACCUCCGCCCUUGCACGUCAUAGCGCGUGUGAUGCGAGGAGAAGAUCUCAAUGGCGUCAUGAAUUCGUCAGGAGACGAGAGCGACGAAGACCCCGGCAUUGGCGUCGUACUGAAGAGGAAGCAGCGGCGCUCGCGCACCACCUUCACCAGCGUGCAGCUGCAGACGUUCGAGAAGGAGUUCCUGAUCAACCAAUACCCAGACGUGCACACGAGGGAAGCUCUGGCAGAGCAGACGGGUCUCACUGAAGCGCGGGUUCAGGUUUGGUUCAGCAAUCGACGAGCGCGUCAGAGGAAGGCGACUGCACCUUCAGAUGGGUCAGCAAUGCGAGUCGAAGGUCAAAUGGAAGAAAGUUCUCAAGGUUGUCCUCGGAGCUCCUUAAUGCAAGUGGACCCGAGCAUGUCGAUCCAUACGACAGCUUUCAGGAACUACAGCAAUGGUUUGCAACCGACGUCUGAAACCACGCCCGUCAAGAAAGAAGAUUCGUUAAAUUCUUCUGGUGAAGACGCAACGCUCAGUCCUCAAUAUGUCCAUCCUGGGCUGCAGGCUCCCAACCAAGCCGCGUACUGGUACAGGCAGCCUAACGAUGCUCUUGGGUUCAACUCAAGCCUUGCCUAUCCGCAUCUCUCAACGACCGGCUACCAGUUCGGCGACACCAGCUAUGGAAACCAACAACAACUUCAGCAACUGCAGCAACACUUCCCUUCUGCGUGGGAUGUGACAAAGUAUCCAGCGUACUCUGAGGCCCACAGGCAAUACGCUGAGCAGUAUUUUAAUGCGCACCAAAGGGACUCGAAGACGUCAGCUGAUCAGUUGACAGGACCCGGUGAUUUCUCGGGUUCUCAGUCAUCUGGCGUGUCGCAGUCUCAGGGUGGAUUAAGAUCAUCGUCAGUUACUGAGUCAGUUGCCACAGGUGAACAACAACAUCCAUUGCAGCAGCUGUUGCAAAACCAACAGAAGCACGAGACCCAGCAGUCAACACAACAACAAAAUAUUUCGGCGUCUUCUUCCGCGAGCUUUAACCAAGAUAACUCUAGAUUUUGGAAUUCUGGAAACAUCAAGCCAGAUCCUGGUGCUUGGUCUUCAGAAAUAAUUCCAUCAAACCUAUACAAUGGAACAUUCAACGUCGAGUUCUUUGGGCAGCAGAACGGCCAGCUGCAGCAGCCCAGAUCGUCAUCAUACUUCAUGCAACAUCAAAACGCUGGCUUGAUGUCCAUUAAAUCGCCAGUUUAGAACGUAUCUACUCCGUGUACAUUGUACAAACUUUCUUAGCGUUUCUUGAGGUAUCUGCAUUUUUUUCUUUCAUUCUAAACCUAGUACGUACUUGCUGUUAUGUCUUGGAAGUUAUUCAAGCCAUUUAGUAUUGCGAACCACCUUAGACUCGUUAUGUAUCAUUACCAUUUGACAGGUAAUAAUGAGGUAACCAGCUGUUAUUUGCCAUAACAAAUACGCAUUUGCACGACAAAAAAAAUGUUGCACUAUGGCAUUCAAGAAGCUUCGCCUAAAUUUAUAUGAAAAACAAUUGCUAUACAUGGUCUUGGACUAAAAAAAUAUCAGGAGACAUUUAAUGGGAGCCUACAAAAUUUCAUUAAUGACUAGCAUAAAUUUGUAAUUAGCUGACACCAGCAAUAUUCACGGUCUAAUCUAACUUCCUUUAAAAAACAUUCGUUAGUGUCUAGGAAGGUUUCAUUUCGAAUUUAUUUACGGCAGAGGUCAAGGCUAGGCCGUAUUUUUGAUGUUAUUUUCAAAUGCUUACGGACGAAAAAACGGUUUUUGAUUUUGAUCAAAUAAGAUUAUUCAAAAC